AUGGGCUCCAGAGACAGUCUGAGGAAAAUCGCUGUGUUGAUCAGCGUCUUGGUGAUUUUAAAGGUGCAAGCUGCUCCGACACUCUCUGGUGAUGAUGCAGAUGCAGGUGAACUGAGAAAUGACAUACCUGAGCUCAACAGAGGGCUGGACCACCUGUUUGAGGGGGACAUCGCUGGUAAUCCCAGCAGAAAUGCAAUCGUUGAUCAGACAAGAAGGUGGAAGUUCCCCAUCCCCUAUAUCCUGACGGAUUCUUUGGAUCUGAAUGCUAAAGGUGUGAUCCUCCAGGCUUUGGACGAGUACCGGUUGAGGUCCUGUGUGGAUUUCAAGCCCUAUGAAGGAGAAACCAGCUUUAUCUCCUUUGCUAAAUUCUCUGGAUGCUGGUCGUACGUUGGAGACGAUAGAGUAGGUCAGAAUCUGUCCAUCGGGGCCGGAUGUGACACUAAAGCUAUCGUGGAACAUGAGCUCCUCCACGCUCUGGGCUUCUACCACGAACAGUCGAGAUCAGACAGAGACGACUACGUUAAAAUAUGGUGGGACCAGAUUGAAGAAGGAAAGGAGCAUAAUUUCAACAAGUAUGAGGACGAUUUCAUCACUGAUCUGAACACGCCGUAUGAUUAUGAGUCCGUCAUGCACUACAGACCGCUGUCCUUCAACAAGAAUGAGAGCAUCCCCACCAUCACCACCACCAUCCCGUACUUUAAUGACGUUAUCGGCCAGCGGCUGGACUUCAGCGCCGUGGACAUCACCAGGCUCAACCGCAUGUAUGACUGUGCCAACUCUCUAACUCUCCUGGACCAGUGCUCCUUUGAGCUGAUCAACAUCUGUGGAAUGAUCCAGAACGAGGACGACAGCGCUGACUGGGUUCAGACGCUGAGCACUCCGACCGAUACCGAUCAUACACUCGGAGGACUCUGCAGAGAUUCUGGAUACUUCAUGGAGUUCGACACGUCUUCUGGUGCCGUUGGCAGCAGUGCUUUGCUGGAGUCUCGUAUCCUCUACCCCAACAGAGAUCAACAGUGUCUUCAGUUCUUCUAUAAGAUGAGUGGAUCUGCUGGGGAUAAACUGGUGAUCUGGAUCAGGACUGACGAUGGGACAGGAUCAGUAAACCGUGUCAGGAAGAUCCACACCUAUACAGGUGAUGGAGACGAUGUCUGGAAAAUAGCCCACGUUCCUCUGAAGGUGACAGAGAAGUUCCGUUAUUUCUUCCAAGGCAUCAGAGGAUCGACGAACUCCUCGGGCGCCAUUUUGAUCGAUGACAUCACUCUCUCUGAGGCCGCCUGCCCUGCCGCUGUUUGGCAAAUCCACAAUUUCUCCACCUCUCUCACCUCAGUUCCUCCCGGCAGCAACCUCACCAGCCAGUGCUUCUAUAACUCUGAGGGCUACCGAUUCGGCCUCAGCGUUUACCCCAAUGGAAGAGAAGACGCCUACAAAGACUACGUUGCCAUGACGUUCCACCUCUGCAGUGGGGAGAACGACGGCGUGAUGCAGUGGCCGGUUGAGAACAGACAGGUCACCAUUGUUGCCAUGGACCAGGAUCCAGACGCUACGUUGAGGAUGUCGUCCACCAGAAGCUUCACCACAGAUGCUAAUCCUCGCUGGAACAAACCAACAGCCACAUCUGGAGUGUGGGACGCCAGCUGUGAGUGUUACCGGACUCCAGACUUCGGCUGGAGCACCUUCAUUUCCCACCAACAGCUGCGAAGGAGGAGCUUCCUGAAGGGAGACGACCUGAUCAUCACGGUGGACUUCAAUGAUUUGACCCACCUGAUUAAGACUGAGGUUCCCAUCCGACCUCCUGCACCAAGCGAAGACGUCCCAGAAGACGAGCCAAUCAUUGAGGUUGAAUUUCAACCAGAGGCUCCAAAACACAGAGAAGCUCGAGCUGUGGAUCCCUGCUACCCGAACCCAUGCUUUAACGGAGGCGUCUGUGUGGAAAGUAAAGGGGAAGCCUCCUGCAGGUGUGCAACCAGCCAGGCCACCUACUACACUGGACCGAGGUGUGAGGAGCUGAAGACAGACAGAAGCAUUGUGGGAGCUCUGGUCGGAGGCGCUGCAGGAUUUAUUGUCCUGGCAUUGGCCAUUUUCACCGUCAUCAGGAGAGGACAGUAAAGCACUAAUGUGUCCUCAGCAUUCAUUCAGUGGUAAAAUAUAGUUUCAGGACUACAGAGAUAUGUGUAAUGUAAAGAUUAAUAUAAUGUUUUAUAUAAAAAGUACUGAAUAUGAUCAAUAAGUAGCCCAAGUUGUAAGUUAACCAGGAAGAAAACCUCCCAACAACCACAGA